AUGUCGCCACCAGAAUCUUCGAAUAAUACAAAUUCCACCACUUCUCGCAAAGGAGGAAAGCGCUCAAAAAACUAUAAGCAUCUUCCACAGAAUCAAUCCCCAACCGAGUGUAGAAUUUGUGAAAAGCCAGCAAUUGGGUUCCAUUAUGAAGUUCCAUGUUGCAACACCUGCAAAGUGUUUUUCCGACGAGCAAUUAUCACUGGUUAUAAUUUGGAAUGUUAUAGACCAAACCAAUGCUCCCGUAUGAAUGGUCUUCUAUUUCAGUUUUUCGGGGUAGUUGAAGAAGAUUUAUUGGACAAAAUGGUGCAAAAGUUAACAAUGGUUGAAAGUGGAAUCGAGCCAAUGUGUCGGGAAGGUGUGCCACUGGGAUAUCGGGAUUCACGACUGUUAGAAGAUAUUCUCACCUCACCGCCAAUUCUGACAUAUUCCAAAAUUCCAAACUUGGAGAUUUGUCCACCAGAAUGUUUUAUUGGAAAGUGCAACCAUCGGAGAUGCAACAACGCCGUACAUAGCAGCUUCUUGGCAUCAAUCGAAUCAUCCAAAAUGUUCGAUUUCUUCCCCAAAUUAAAUUUAGACUCUAAAGAGCAUCUUCUAAAGCAUGUCACCGCGGUGUGCUCUACAAUGACCAGUGCAUAUUUCUCAAUCAGUGAUCUGAAAUUCGAUGUACUGGUACAGCCAAACGGAACUUAUGAUAGAAUCACUCUGAACGAGGAUGCUGAGAAAAGCGCGGUCAUCGCCUAUACAAAUGCUCAGCAGAAGACGUUGGCUUGUUUUUUAAGAAAUAUAAUUGACCGAAUCGAGUAUCUUCAUUUCAAAGCGAUCAUGUUAUGCAACCCUGCUGUGUCAAAUCUAACACUUUUCGAUCAACACAUUCUCGGAGUGGAACGAAAUAAGUAUCUAAAAUCCAUGUACAACUACUGCCGACUUCAAUGCGGAAAAGUGCAAGGACCAAAUCGGUUUGCAGAGAUUCUAGCGAUGGCACCAAUUAUCGAGAAUCAAGCCAAGAAACAAAAGGAUUUCCAUGUUUACGUUAAGACUAGACACUUGUUACAGCAUGAGGAAUUGGGACAUGCUGAACAAGCGGUUGUUAAUUUUAUGCUUGAUCAAGUUAUGGAGGCAUGA